GGAGGGGAAUGACUACACCGAGAGAGUAGGAGGAGGGAGGGAGGACAAUUUCCUUUCUGUAACACACACGCUACAAGAACACACCGGGAAAACGGAGCGAGGAAAGAAAAUAAUAGGCGAGAAAGAGAGAGAGAGAGGGUGAAGGAAACACCGCAACCCCUCCGUCCGUCCGUCCAUCCGUCCGUCCGUUGGUUGUUUUUUUUUUUUUUUUUUUUUUUUUGGGGAGGGGGGGAGAGAGAAACCGUCUUUUCUUUUAACGCAGACUUGCGGACUAACAUGGGGGGAAGAGAGCGCUCCUGACGAGGAUUGACUUUCAGUGAACCUCUGCUCUGUGGCACAAGUCUGAGGCUAAUAAGACAAGAGAGGAAAAAAGGGCGACAGGGAAGACAUGUUGAGGGGUUUUUCGUCUUGAGGUUGCGGUAGGAUGUUCAUGUUAUGCUCUUACAAACAGGCGGCUCGUAGAGAAAUAGAAAGAGGGCAAAUGGAAAUUGGGCGGUAGGCUAUGCUCAGGAGCCAUUGUUUUGAUCGGUGUUUAUUUAAUUGGUUUGUUAUGAUCUGAAAUAGCGAAGGCCUCUCAGGCAGCCCCGCAGUAAAUAAAUACACGGUCAGCAAACGGGGGCUACAUCGCAGGAAAUUAACCCGACAAGCCUGCUUAUAUUUUAGGGGGCAUUUAAAAAAAAAAAAUUGGACCGCUGUGUUUUGCAGUAAGUUAAACGCGUUGUUUAUGGGCUAUUUGUCUUUGAAACCAAACGCGGUGUUGCUCAGCAAGAGCCAAAACAUUUCCAGAUACAUCAACUCUUAAGGGGGUCAUACAAAGGCCCAGCAGAAAACACAGUGGAGGCUACUUGGCAGCUUUAAAAGGCUGCUUUAAGUGCACAGUACAGAGGCUGGGUUUAAGCACAAAGGUGCACAAGAUUAGUCGGGUUUAUCCCCAGUUUAGCUCGAGCGAGGGGACAAAAGAAGAUUUUUAAAUGUUAAUGUCGACCGACGUUGCAUCAAUCAUGCUGCCAGUGUCCCGGGGUCUCAUGGACCGGGAUAGAGAGCUGGACACCAUGGCCGGGGUGCACACCAACCCGGGCGGCGCUCCUGCAGCUGUCCGGGGCAUGAAGCGAGGAGACCCGGAGCCUGACGGACAGACGGCGGCGGCUCUGGUGGACUCGGCCGGGGCGGAGUGCAAGCGUCCCCGGAUCGACGGCUCAGGAGGAAUCGGCGAGGUUGGUCAGAAUAAUGACCCUUUGACCCUUGGUUACCACGGCUACCCGUCUCACAGUCAGGGCUCUCAGGAUAGUGCUGGCGGUCAGGAGGGACUCGUACCCCCACCUUUCUCCGCGUUCCCUCCACCUCCACCGCCGCCUCCCCAAAACGGCCUGGCCCUGGAUUACGGGGGCAGUCUGUACGCAGCGGGGGCCGUCCAGGGCCCCGUGGAAGCUGGCGGAGCAGCGAACAGCGCCGCCAACGCCGCCAACAGCCUCAGUGUCCAAUCCGAUGGGUCCUCCCAGAUUGACGGACAGUCAGGGGUUGGCUCGGGAGGAGGAGGUGGUGGGGGGAGUGUCGGGGAUGACUCAGACGCCAAGGGGACCCCCAAACGCCUCCACGUGUCCAACAUCCCCUUCCGUUUCCGAGACCCCGACCUACGGCAGAUGUUUGGGCAAUUUGGCAAAAUCCUCGAUGUCGAGAUCAUUUUUAAUGAGAGGGGAUCCAAGGGCUUCGGUUUUGUAACAUUCGAGUCGAGUGCAGAUGCAGAGAGGGCCAGAGAGAAGCUUCACGGUACACUGGUGGAAGGACGUAAAAUCGAGGUCAAUAAUGCCACAGCCAGAGUGAUGACGAACAAGAAGAUGACUACACCGUACUCUAACGGAGAGGGCCUCGCUGCUCUUCCAUAUGCUGGAUGGAAAUUGAGUCCCAUGGUUGGCGCAAUGUACAGUCCUGAGCUCUAUACAGUACCAGGGUUUCCAUACCCAGCAGCAGCAGCAGCAGCUGCUUCUACCGCUGCAACGUUUCGGGGCGCUCAUCUCCGGGGUCGUGCACGGCCCGUCUACAGUGCAGUCAGGGCAGCUGUGCCACAACCUGCCAUCCCUACAUACCCGGGUGUGAUGGCCUAUCAGGAUGGUUUUUACGGUGCAGCCGAUCUCUAUGGUGGCUAUGCAGCGUAUCGUUACGCCCAGCCGGCUGCGGUAGCGACCCCCGCAGCAGCAGCGGCUGCAGCAGCAGCUUACAGUGACAGCUACGGACGAGUUUACACGGCAGACCCCUACCAUGCUGCACUCGCCCCAGCUGCCUAUGGUGUUGGAGCCAUGGCCACGCUGUACAGGGGAGGCUACAGUAGAUUUGCCCCUUACUAAAGACACUACAUUUCCCAGGAGCUCCUCUCUUCCAUUGAAUUACUCUAAAAGAGCUCCCUCUUUUGUCGUGGAGGUGGACUGCACCCAGUUUAAAAGUGUGGAGUCAACCACAACAAAGAAAUUUCUGAUCCCACCCCAGAGCAGUCCCACGUUUUCUUAUAUACGCUACUACAGAAAUAGAGGAAUGCUGUAUUAAAGACUGACUGAAGGCCUUUACAUUAAAAAAGAAGAAAAAAAUAAAGACUUAAAAUGGCCACCUUCCCUAUUGCACGGCUGUAUUAUAGUCCCCCCCCCCCCCCCCCCCCUUCUUAUUCCCUCGGCACUCAGCAGCACAAGACUCGGGAUGGAGCCCAGAUGUUCUUCCAAAGGCUGUGUGUGGAUAACUGACAUUUAAACAGCUGUCAACCAUGUAUGAAAAAGAGCUGAGUGCUGUGUGGCCUGCACACACAUUUUAAGGAAAAAAGAGAGGGAAGCAAGAAAUUGAGGUGUCCACAAAACAUCGGAGCAGUAGCAAGCAGGAAGGUGCGUCGAAAAGAGCAUCUAAAAACAUUUUGAACCAGAAUGACGAGUCACUAAAAAUGAUAAAACAUCCACUGGAGGAUUUUGUAACUCCUCUUCAACGUGGGUGGAUCGUAAUGAGAGAUGAUUUCCAUUCUUGUUGUGUUCUGGUAGAGGGAGAUUGAACCUGGCGGCUUGUAACGCUACAGAAAUCACGUCCGAAACCUGAAGGAGGGAGGGUUAUUAGAGCUGUUCCUUACCUCAAGUUUUCUUAGUAUGUGGAAAUGGUGAACCUUUAAACUUAAAAUUGUUAUGAUAUGCAAAGAAAUUAGUUUAGAGAAAAAAAGUUACCAAAUUAUUAUUAUUAUUAUUAUUAUUAUUGUUAUUAUUGUAAUUAUUCUCAUUAUGAUUCUUAUUAAACCAUUAUUUUUGUUUGACUCAGCUACACAGCAGCCACUGCUGUUAAUGGGACAUUUAGAUUAAACCGUGAAAUCAGAAAAUGAGCAUCUAUGAAACUAAUACUCCACCUUUUGACUAUAUGACACAACUAGGCCUAUAGUCUCACUUCAUCCUUCUCAUGCACAGGAUUUCACUACACUCUGUGUGCAGCCACCACUAAACACUACAGAAAGUGUAACACUACAACGAAAAACAUUUCUCAUUUACUUGAUUUUUAGAUUUAGAUCCAACCUCCACAGACCCUGGGGGUCGAGUAUUUGUUGAUCCUUUAAUGUCGGGACUUAUUAUUUGGAUUUUCCCCUCAUGCUCCAUCUUUUCUAGAGCAAAGUCCAACAUUGACUGAGUCUUCCUGAAACAUACUUUAGUUGGUAAUUGUGUUGUCGACGCUGCCAGCAGCAAUUACUGAGCAAGAGAGAGAUUCUGUCGGUGAGUUAAUAGAAAAUAUUUAAAUGCAAAACACCAUACUAUUGUGCAUAUUUCUAUACUGUUGUAUUUCCAAAACGUGGCUUUUUUUUGGCUUUUUGUUUUUGUUCCAAAGAUUUGUAGAAAGCACAUUUUUUUCUGCCGUAUGUAUAAAUAUAUAAUCUUUGUUAUUGUUAUCAUAAUCCUUGAUAAUCAUAUUGCUGUCUUUAUUUACCUUCUUUCAUCUUCAGUUUUUUUUUUUUUGUUUGUUUUGUUUUUUUAUAUCUGUGUUAUUCCUUCUUCACUAAGGUGCAAGGUCUUGAGCCCAGAGCGUAUCCGAGUAGUGACAAACUAGAGGUAUGCAUGUAACACUACCAAACUUUUGUCCUCUCAGUUAAAUAUUCAGUCAGUUUUAUGUGUUUUUGUUUUGUUUUUUGGUUGAUUAUAGGAUCUGUCAGCAUGACAUUUAAUUGUAUUUCAAAAUAUGCAGGAACGGCUGGAUUUGUUUUUUCUUUUUACGUCCAUAUUUUGCAAGUGACUGAGACAUUUGGAUAGAAUGAACAUAGGCCUGUAGCACUUUGCUUAAAACCAACUGCGUUCUUUUCUUUUUCUGUUUUUCUUAUAUAUUUUAAUAGUUUUUUUUAAUGCAGACUCCUUACAUUUCAGUGGUGAAAUCUGUCAGCUUGGCCACUGUGGUCGCUCCAGGUUUAUUUGAAGAUAUCCAGUAAAACGUUUGAAAGUGUUAUAUCUCAUACAUACGCAGGUUAAUAUUCCAAAAUGGUAAAAAAAAAAAAACAAUGUCACUGUGGGAUAUGCUAAGUUUUAGUUUGUUUUUUACCCAACAAUCAAUUUCAAAGCUACUGUUGUGUAGUCCACUUCUCACACUUGGAAAAACACACAGGUCAAUACAAUGCUUUUUUUCUAUUAAAUGUGCUGCUGCUGUUGGAUUUGCUCAUGACAUUUAAACAUUUCUUUUUCGAUAUCUCCAUAUUAAUAUAGAAUGUGCUCUGGACAAAAUGGAAAAAAAAAAAAGAAAAAAAAAGAAAACCUAGCCAAAGAUGCUAACUAACAGCCCCAAGCACGUUCUGUUUCCCAACUUGAGAAGUGCUACACAAAAUACACAAAGAUGGACUUUUGGAGCCAUUGAAGGCAUGGACAAACCAGCAUGAGCGAGUCUUGUCAAGUUUAAAAAAAAAAAAGAGAAAAAAAAAAACGUUUUGCAUGAAUCUUGUGUCUUUCAUAUUUGACUCCUGAGCAGCCGAGUCCACUUGUGUUCUUCUUUACCACUAAACUCCAUGGAGAAUGACAGGCAGCUAGCAGUUUGACGCUAGUUAACUCAACAAAGAGCACAGUGCUGUUUGGCAAAAAAGCCUGCUGACAAACAAAAUGGCUGCCGCACAAAGAUCAUUUUCCUGUCGUGGUUUUCUUGCCACUGUAUUAUAGUAAACUAUGUGGCCAUUCUUCAUAGUUGCUAUGGUUUCUCAAUGACCAGUCCUAUCCCUCUGUCAUGUCUAUAUCCCCCUUGACUGCCAUUAUGUUUUUUUGUUAUUGAAUGUCCAUAUAAAAUGUUUUAUAUAAAAAUGUUUUGUUGUGA